AGCAAUGCCUAUCGCACAACGUCCGAGGAGAGGCGCUACGACGAGCGCAUGGCAAUGGAGGACCCAGAGGUGACCUACAACAGCAUCCGGCGCGGCGCAGAGGUGCACCGGCAGGUGCGCAAGUACGCGCGCAAGGUGAUCAGGCCGGGGAUGCGCAUGAUCGACAUCGCGGAGGUGAUCGAGAACGGCACGCGCGCCCUCGUCGAGGAGAACGGGCUCGAGGCGGGCAUCGGGUUCCCCACCGGGCUCAGCCUGAACCACUGCGCGGCGCACUACUCGCCCAAUCCGGGCGACACGCUGGUUCUGGGUGAGAAGGACGUGCUGAAGGUCGACUUCGGUGUGCACGUGAAGGGGCGGAUCCUGGACUCUGCAUUCACGCUGUCGUUCGACCCCACAUACGACAAGCUGCUCGAGGCAGUCAGGGCGGCGACAGACACUGGCAUCCGGGAAGCUGGAAUUGAUGUUCGCCUUGGCGAGCUCGCAGGCUAUAUCCAGGAAACCAUGGAAUCCUACGAAGUUGAGGUCAACGGCAAGGUACUACCUGUUAAACCAAUUGAGCACCUCAGCGGACACACCAUCACCCCCUACCAAAUUCAUGGCGGCAAGUCGGUCCUCCUGGUGAAGAACGACGAUCAGACCAAGAUGGAGGAGGGCGAGUACUUCGCAAUCGAGACCUUCGGCUCUACAGGGCGAGGAAAGGUCAUCGAGCAGGGUGAAUGCUCGCACUACGCCCGAGUGGUGGACGCGCCACAUGUUCCUCUCCGAUUGACAUCGGCGAAGUCACUAUUGAAAUCGAUCAACAAAAACUUCGGCACUCUGCCCUUCUGCCGGCGCUAUCUUGAGCGAGCGGGAGAGAGCAAGUACCUCCUUGCACUCAACCACUUGGUAUCUCAAGGUAUCGUGCAGGACUACCCUCCGCUAUGUGAUGUCCGAGGAUCGAUGACUGCUCAAUUUGAGCACACCAUUCUAUUACGUCCGACACGGAAAGAAGUGGUCAGCCGGGGAGACGAUUACUAG